AUGUUGGAACAGCACGUCAGCACCAUCGCUGGAUCCUCGCAAGGCUUCGCUGACGGUGCAGCUGGUGCUGCAAGAUUCAACUGCCCGUACGGGCUGGCCUUGUCUCCCGAUGACUUGUGGCUCUACGUCGGGGAUCGAGACAACCACAGGAUCCGCAAGGUGAGCAUGCGAGAUGGUUCAACGACGACCCUCGCCGGCACAGGGACCCCAGGGUUUGCGGACGGAGACUGGAACAGCUCGAGUUUCAACCAGCCGUGCGGCGUCUCGACAUCGCCCGAUGGACAGUGGUUGUAUGUUGCUGAUUCCGGCAACAAUCGAGUCAGAAAAGUCAACACUACUAGCGGCGCGACGUUGACGCUGGUGGGGAAGGGAGACCUAGGUUCCGCUGACGGAGAAGCAGCCACGGUGUCUCUCUCUACUCCUCUCUCAGUUGCAGCAUCGCCUGACGGGCGCUAUCUCUACAUCGCAGACUCUCUCAGUCAGAGGAUCCGUCAGGUCCGCCUGGCAGAUGGCUGGACAAGAACCCUCGCGGGGUCGGGCAAUCAAAGUUUCUCAGACGGCCCUCCCUCCGAGUCAAGCUUCAACACGCCUGCCGCCAUCGCCGUGUCUCCCGACGGCUUGACUGUCUACGUGGCAGACCUCAACAACGAGAGAGUCAGGAAGAUCGCUGUGCGAGAUGUUUGUGUCGCCUGUGACUUGAUACCGCCCGUCAACACGACUGGCUGUGCUUCUGAAGCAUCGUCUCCUCCCCCUCUCAACGUCAGCUCCGAGUCGCCGGGUUGCGUUCUGAAUGCCACAUGGGAAGAGAUAGUCUCGCGCAAGCACAUGACUGGUAAACGAGAGAAGCUCUCGUUCGCGACUGGAGGACUAGGAGUCCUCAUGGAUGAAGACUACUCUGUGUGGGUUUGUCAGUUCGGGCACCCUUGUGCUGCUACUGACGAUUCUUCUACAUCUGGAGCGAUGGACGCUUUCUGCUUUAAGUACCACGAAGACAGGGAGGUUUUUGUGCCAUGGGCACGAAAUUCUGAGCUAAAACUGAUAGAUCCAUAUAGUUGAAGGAAUAAACUCAGAAUUUUCUCC